AAUCUCUGUUUACUCCAGAGUAUACCUGGAUAGUAGCACCUCCGCAGGCAGCAUGUGGCACAGGCAGCAUGCAACGGGAGGGCUCGCCCUGGGAAUCUCCGUGUGCGUUCCUGGAAUUCCAAGAGGAGUAAAUCGCCACUUUCACACAGCUGAGCUGAUUGCUAGGAAGACGCAGCGAUUCCGGGAAACCGAGGCUCUCUCUUUCGCUGCAACUGCAAUUGCUGAGCGUGUUGUGCCAGUUCCAUGAUGUUAGUCGGCAAAUCCCUCAUGCCUGGGACGCUUGCGUGGGGAAAGUCCUCCCGGUUUUUGGAAGUCAUAAACGCUUCUUUGCAGAGAGCUGUGACAAAGUCAGUCUAUCCAUUUCCGAGCUUUCUGAGGACGUGCGAGGACGGGGCUGGAUGACCUCCAAGGGGAGUUGGCUCUGAAGGCAUGGUGUCACCACCAAGACGUCCUGUUUUCUUGGACGCAGCAGCCGAGCUGCCCUUGCUGGCAAGAAAACAUGACUGUCCCCCCUCGGUGAUCUCCGAGCAUGGACAGGGAUGGAAGGACCUCUCAACGUUCCCCCUUCCACGUGCAUUAACUGAACAAAGAGCUCCCUGUUCUAGCUCUGGAAUGCGGCAGCAUUUCGCAUAACGGUCUCAACUGUUGCUCACAGCAUUGUUCCGGAUGCCUGCCGAAGAACCCUCCUCUCCAAAACAGGCGGCACUGAGGCUUGGCUGCUCCAUCCGCUGCCCACCAAUGAAAUCCCUCCCUCGCAGGGCGCUUUGGGGGACCUCGGCACAGGCCAUGCCUCCAGAGGCCCACGGGGCUCCGGCUCACACACCCCCGGCGUUCUGCAGCAGGCAGGAUCAUUCUUCAGCGCUCCCGACCGAGACGGCUGCACCGCCGUGGGUCGCUCCCACAUCGCCAGGUGAACUUGGCACACCAUGAGCACCCACUUCUGCCUGAAGCAUGAAGCACAGUACACACACCAUCCUAACCUGAUCCAGUACUUUAUCCCAGUGACUGAUGAGGAAUUUCAAGAGCGCUUGGGGAGGCGCCGGGGAGAAAUCGCCAUCAUGCUGAGGUCAUCAGAGUUCAAUCAAGACAAGACCACCUUGAUUGUGACUAACAACCCGCUUCCUCUGCUCGUUUCCGGCCAACAGCUUUCGAUGCCUUUGCAGUAUUUCUCAAAAGACGUGUUAAGAAGGAGUUUGCAAGAUCAGAAGCCUCUUUCUUUACCCCCACUGGAGAAACAAGCCGCAGUCCCAGGCAAGAAGCACCAGAGGAAGUCCACACAAUUCAGGUUUGCCACUGCCAAGGAUUUCAAGGGUGAAGCAAAGUUUUCAAAGGGUUAUGCAGAGAGGCGUGUACAAAGAUUGUACCCCCACUUGCACACUAGCUCAAGACUAGGCCAACAGGAAAAGCAGCCGCUCCCCAGUAUUCAAGGCUGGGUCCCAAAAGUGGCCCAGUGGGAGCCCCUGACGAUCACGUGUCUGGCUGAAACGAAGGUGACUCUCACGGCACCUGGAGAAGAUGGCUUCAGGUACGGGAAGGCCCCGCUCUGGGUUGUCGAAACCUCCCUCGUACCCAGGAACACCCAAUAAACCCUUCAGCUGA